CAACUUUUUGAUUAGAAGUGAAAAUCUACAACAGCCAUGUUGUUGGCAGAAGCUGGAUGUAUGUUUCUGGGUUUCAUUCUGUGUCUGUCAGGUGUUCAGGGAAAACCAAACAGCAUCUGUGCCUUGAAAGGUUCAUCAGUGAAUCUGCCCUGCUCACAUCAACAUCCCACUGCAAGAAAUAGCUGGUACACUGGACACGAUACUGUCUCCAAGAUAAUGUUCUCAGUAGAGGAAACACAUGUAAAGUACAGGAUGUCAGCAGGGAGUAAUUUCACUCUAACAAUCAAUAAUCUAACAGAGAGAGAUGCAAAUUUUUACUGUUACAUUAAAACUGCUGACAGAUCAAAGUGCCAACAAAGUGGAAUUCAUCUCCAAGUUACAGAGCUGCAGGUAAAGGUGAUUCCUGCCACAGAGGGACAGACAGUAACACUGAUGUGCAGCAGCAGCUGUCCUCUGACUGAAAAGCCUGCAGCCUACAUCUGGUACAAGAACAGAGAGUUUCUCUAUGAGGACUGGUCUCCCUGGUACCAAGAGCUGCUCAGCAGUGAGGAAGCAGUCACAUACUCCUGUGCUGUCAAAGGCUACGAGGAUCUCAGAGCCCCUGAAGUCUCUGUGGACUCCAUCACAGAGACCUGCUUCAGUGUGACCUAUGCUAAAGGGAGAAUGUGUUCUUCUCAGCAGACAUCAGUGGACGAGUCCUGCUCCAUCACAUAUCCCAGAGAAAUUCAUGUCCAGAGGACUCCUGCUGAACACAGAGGUCACAUCAGACUGACCUGUAACAGCAGCUGUUUUCUGACUGACCCUCUGAUUUCCUUUGUGUGGUAUGAGAACAGAAAGUCUACAGUGAAGGAGGGAAAACAGAUUCAGGUUUCCAUCUCUCAUCCAGACAGUUUGUCUUGUGCUGUAAAAGGUCUUGAGGAUGUGCACUCUGCUGACGUCUGUGGUGGUGAUUCCUGCUGGAGUUUGAAUUAUGUCCACAGCAGAAUCUGUGCUCUCGAAGGAUCUUCAUUCAACAUCUCCAGUAAAUACUCACAUCCUGACUACGAGCAGAUACAGUCUAAAUGUUGGUAUAAAGUCAAGAGAAAUGCUGAGGAGGAAGUCAGAAGGAACCUGACUGAGGAUGCAGAUCAUGUGGAGUAUGAUGACAUCAUGAAGAACCAACACAUCCUCAGAUUAAAGAAGCUGAAGAGAGAUGACUCAGCAGAAUACAGGUUCACAAUCACAACAGAAAAUGAAGAAGUGAUAGAGUCUGAUUUUCCUGGAGUUACUCUGAUUGUCACAGAGCUGAGAGUGAAGAUGAGUCCUUCUGCAGUGGUGACAGAGGGUCAGAGAGUCACACUGACCUGCAGUACCAGCUGUCCUCUGACUGACAACACAAACUACAUUUGGUACUUGAACAGUCGACCUCUGACCUCGAGAGAGAACCAGAACAAACAUCUGAUCCUAGACCCAGUCAGCAGGGAGAAUGCAGGAAGCUACUCCUGUGCUGUGAAAACCAACAAAGAUAUCAGCUCUGCUCCAAAGACUCUCACUGUCCAAAGUAUCACAGGAACAUGGACACCAGCAGCUGCAGGAGUUUCUGCUGCUCUUCUGGUUUUAUUACUUUUCACUGUCUUCUGUUUGAUCAGAAAAAAGAAGCCUUACAGCAAUUUUUCAAAUUGCUGUACAGCAAAUGAAAUAAUGGAGAACUCCACGUAUGAAAGCUUCUCAGCUCAGCUGGCAGAGGAGGAACCUAACUACAGUGAAAUCAACUUGUCCAAGAACAAAACAGAGACUAUUUACUCCACUAUUCAGCCAUUUCAACCAUAAGAGCAGGACCAUCGCCCCUGUGAUGUUGUGGACUUGAGAAACAAGACUGCUCCUGAGCUCAAUGACCAGGCUGUGGACACCUAGAUACUGUACAACACAUCAACCUAAAGAAGAUAAAAUAUAACAACACAUCUGGCUGUACAGGACUUGAGUUAAUCUGUUCAGAUGUUGGCUUUUUUGAAAUUUUUUUUAUGAGUAUUUACAAGUUGUGGGCGCUCUUGACAGCAUUAAUGGAUACGCUUAAAGGAACUGAAACUAAGGCUUAGCAGCUCUUGAUCUUGAGACGCUCGCUCUCAGGUUCUGUCUCACACCAAAUAAGAGGAAGCCUCAAAACCAGUGUUUUUUGUAUGGUGUGUACUAAAAGCAUGAGCUUUUUCACACAUUACAAAAUCUCAGUUAAGUCUUGGAAUUUUCCACUGAAUACAUAACACAUUUGAACCUUUUCCCAAAAAUUUGCCAUUUUAGGAGUUAUUACUUUUUAGUAACAAACUGGGAGUCUUAUUUAACUUAUCAUAACUAUCAUCUACUGUUUUAAUCAAAACUGUUGAUUAGCAGGUAUGCAAGUCAGAGAUGUUUUGCCAGGUUAUGGUUACGUUAUGCAAGCAAGUUACUCUUGUAGACUUUUAGCCAUUGCAGAGACACUAGAGAAGAGAGAGACUGGUCACUCCAAGACUGCAGAGUUUACAGCAGGAUAAAAGGUCAUAGAAACACAACUUCCAGGGGAAAAAAGGGAUGUCCAACUACAGUCCUCGAGAGCUACUGUCCUGCAACUUUUAGACGCAUCCUUGUUCCAACACACCUGAAUCAAAUGAAUGGCUUGUUACCAGGCCUUUGCCAAACUUGAUGGCAUGCUGAAGAGGUAAUCCAAUCAUUUGAUUAAGCUGUGUUGGGAUGCAUCUAAAAGCUGCAGGACAGUGGUCGUGUCCAAAUUCAUAGGCUGCAUCCUCCUGAGGACCCGGCCUUCGAGGUCUACGUGGGCCAGGUCCUCAGAGGGUUGGGUAGGCCGGAUGUAAACGGCUGUGAAAUUGGACAGUCUAGCCUUCAGAUUUGUGUCACUGCUGUCUCGGUGGAGUUUAAUAAACUCAUCUGUCUGCUCCUUGCUAUCUAAAAUAUAACAGGACACUGGCGUAAAUUCUCGACCAUCUCGCACUUCUGUUUAAUGUGUGAUAUCUUGAUAAACCGAGCAGAUAUUUGAAGUUUACACAGCUACAUUCUUGCCUAAAGAUAUGUUAAAAGUUUAUUUUGUUACCCAGAAAGAGUAAUAAGAGUAAUACUAAAAACUUAAUAGCGGCUGCCAUUGUUGAAAACUGGAAUUGGCUGGGCCGCGCUAUGAAUUCUGGGAUAUGGUGGGCCACGAAGGAUACACCCGACCCAUCCUUCAAAUUCGGGGAAAAGGAGGACACAUUUGUCGGCUGCAUUCGAAGGAGUCUACGAAUUUGGUCAGCCUACGUCGCGUCGCUGUGACGUAAUCGGCCUACAAAUGCGGCCUCAGGAGGCUGCAGCCCAUGAAUUUGGACACCCCCAGUAGCUCUCGAGGACUGGAGUUGGACUCGCCUGAUUUAGAGAUUCAUAAAUGACUUCCCAAGUUCCCAGAUACAAUUCUGUCAAGUUUCAAGACUUGCUAGAAGCAUUCUGGAGCAAGCUAAUGAUAACGAAAAUAAAUUCUCAACCAACAUGAAACAUCUGCCAUCAGAUGACAUAUACCCAGUUAAUUAAAUAUUUUAAUAAAAUAUAGUAUUUAGUAAGUAAUUAUUUUUUCAACUUUGCUUUUAUUUAGGCUACAGUUAUAAAUUUUACAUUUUAAUAAGCUGGGGUCCCUGUGAUACCUUGUCUACUUUUAUUGUUACACAUAAUAUGUUUUAUAAUAUCCAAAGGUUCUCAUGUGUUUUCAGUAUUUGCCAUAAUCAUGUGCAUUAUGUUGUUUGUAAUAUAACUACUUUUGAAAAAAUAGGUAAUUUGACAUGCAAAUUAUCAUUACAAUUAAUGUCCAAGCUUUUUCACUUGUGUGUCUACUUCUGUCCUUAUAAAAGUUGAGUUAAAUUACACCUGUGCCCUAAUGUUUUUUGAUGACCGCACUUCUUAAUAAAAUAUAGGAGUGUAGCCUGACUGGGAUUAUUUAACAAAAGACCAAUUUCAAAUAUUAUUCAUACACUCUA